AAGAAGAUUAUCAACAAAAUACAGAACAGAGAAGAUCUACCCAACAGCCACUGGAGAAAAAGAAGAAAAUGUCAAAAAGAAUAGAUACAAGGAUAUAUUGCCAUUUGAUCAUAGCCGGGUUAAACUGACCUUAAAAACUCCCCCACAAGAUUCAGACUACAUCAAUGCAAACUUUAUUAAGGGAGUACAUGGGCCGAAAGCAUAUGUUGCUACCCAGGGACCAUUAGCAAAUACAGUAAUAGACUUCUGGAGGAUGAUAUGGGAAUACAAUGUUGCUAUAAUUGUAAUGGCCUGUCGAGAAUUUGAAAUGGGAAGGAAAAAAUGUGAACGUUACUGGCCUCUGUAUGGAGAAGCAGCUGUAACUUUUGGACCAUUUCGUGUUUCUUGUGAAGCUGAACAAGCAAGAACAGAUUACUUCAUUAGAACAUUAUUACUUGAAUUUCAAAAUGAGACGCGUAGUGUCUAUCAAUUUCAUUACGUUAACUGGCCUGACCAUGAUGUCCCUUCGUCUUUUGAUUCUAUUCUGGACAUGAUCAGCUUGAUGAGAGAAUACCAGGAACAUGAAGAUGUACCGAUUUGCAUACACUGCAGUGCAGGGUGUGGAAGAACAGGAGCCAUCUGUGCCAUAGAUUAUACAUGGAAUUUGCUUAAAGCUGGGAAAAUACCUGAAGAAUUCAAUGUAUUUAAUUUAAUACAGGAAAUGAGGACACAAAGGCAUUCUGCAGUGCAGACAAAGGAGCAGUAUGAACUUGUCCAUCGAGCCAUAGCACAACUGUUUGAAAAGCAACUGCAAAAAUAUGAAAGCUGUGCAGACUGGAAGAUUGCAGAUGGAGUGGAUGAAAAUAACACAGAGAAUGCUGUCAGUUCUUCAGAUGCUGAGAAACAGGAUUCUCCUCCACCAAAGCCUCCACGGACCCGCAGUUGCCUUGUAGAAGGAGAUGCUAAAGAAGAAAUCUUGCAACCUCCAGAGCCUCAGCCAGUACCACCAAUCUUAACACCAUCUCCCCCAUCAGCUUAUCCAACAGUCACUACCGUGUGGCAGGACAAUGAUCGAUACCAUCCAAAGCCAGUUUUGCACAUGGUUUUGUCAGAGCAUUCAACAGACCUCAAUGAGAAUUACAAUAAGUCAAUAGAACAUUCAGGGAAGAAUGAACCCAGUGAACGUGCAGAGAAAAGGCUGGAGCGCAACCUAAGUUUUGAAAUCAAGAAGGUGCCUCUUCAGGAGGGACCACGAAGCUUUGAUGGGAACACCCUGUUGAACAGGGGACAUGCAAUUAAAAUUAAGCCUGUGUCAUCCUGUGUAGUUGAUAAGAGCUUUAAGUCACAGGAACAGAUUUCAGGGGAUUCAUUUGUAGAUGCUUCUCAAAACUCUUGUGUGGAAUGCAGCGUGCCACAGUCUAGCACAGCCUUAAUACCUUCACCGGAAAGUCCGCAGAGUCAGCAGGUUUCUGAUACUCCACCAAGACCAGAUCGUCUGCCUCUGACGGAAAAGGGACAUGCCACGUGGUCGCUGCAUGGGCCUGAAAAUGCACUGCGAACAUCAGCGUCUGAAGACAUGCCUUCAGACAUCUUAUGUCAUGGUGUUAAAACUCUCUCUCUGGUAUCAAACACCACAGUUGAACAUCCUUCCAGUGAUAAUGUUGAUCAUAAUACUAUUUCUGUUCGAGCACCUCUCUGUUUCACUAAUCCUCUUCAUUCAGAUGAUUCUGACACAGAUGAGAUUAAUUUUGAUGGAGCCAUGAGCAAAAGUGCAUCUAAUGUUUCAACCGCAAGUGCCACAGUUUCUGCUGCCACUAAUACUGAAAACAUUUCUGCCAGAAAAGUAUUGCCAAUGUCUAUUGCUAGGCAAGACUUAACAGCCGUAGCAUGUUCUGAAGAUGGCAAAG